CCUUCACCUACCCCCACCCACUGAACCCCUACCACUUGGCUCGCAUUUUCCCCCACCCAAGUUUACCAGAAACCACAUCCCAGCCCCCUAGUUCCGGUCUCUCCACUGUCCAGACCUCCAGGGCCAUAUCAGCACCUAGGGCAAGGGGAUAAAUGUCCAGAAGAGGGAGCCCCCCAAUCCCAGGUACCCCUUGCAUCUUCUCACUUCGGCCCCACCUGUCUCGCGCCUCCUCCUCUCCUCACCUCGUUCUCUGCUCUUAGUCCAACUAGAUUCAUUCAAUCUCUUCGAUGCCUCUACGUUUCUAUCUGCCACCGCCCCUCCUUCUUUCACUCCUUCCUUCCCCCUCCAUCUCCUACCCGCGCUUCCACUACCUUUCCACUCUCUGAAGGAGCAAUAGGCGUGGGAGAGGUGGGGCCAAAGUGGGAAGAAGAGGGAAGGGGUACCUGAAGUUGGGGAAGGGAAGGAGAGGGAGGGGGAAAGCAAGAAGAGAGGGAGGAGGGAAGGGGGAUGGGAGAGAAACGGGGAGGCGGGAGCAAAGAAGGGAGGGGAUGGGUGGAGGGAGAGAGGACAUCAGAGUGAGGGGAUGCUAGGCUCUGUAGGCCGGGGAAAGAAGAGGGAGGGAGGGAGGGAGGAAGGGAGGGAGGGAAGUAGAGAGCUCGAGCGGGGUUGGAGGGGAGGGAAAGGGGAGGGGGAGGCAGCUGGGCUGUGACGCGCGUGGCUGCUGCGGCUGCUCCGCCGGCGGCUCAUCACUCUCGGGCUGGGAUGGACGAGGGGCGGGCGGGCCCCGGCUCGCAGAACCAGGAGUUCGGGCCGCCCAGCAGCUAAGCGCUUCCCCUACCAUCCCUCUCCUCCACCUCCACCAUCCCCCGAGGGACACUGUCCCCGCUCAGCCUUCCCCAAUCCCAGGAUCUCUGGAACCCGGCUCCCAAACCCCUAGCCCAGGGUUGGGGAGGUCGUCAAGGGACCCAAAACCCGACCUUUUCUGAUCUCCCCUGGAUUUUCGGCCCUCUUACUCGAGAUCGAGUGGAUCCCUCCUCCUCCCUAAGGAUUCCGACCUAAUUCCCUCCAGUUCCGAGGCUUCAUCGUGGGGCCUUCCCGACAGCCUUCAGAUCCCUUAGGAUCUCCGGAGACUACCCCCCCCUCCCAUCCCCGAUCCCUCAGGAUCCGUGAGAUCCGCCACCUUCUCCCCAUUUUCAAUUCUUCUUCAACCAAGUCCCAUCGGGAGACGCCCCCACCCCCUUUCGAAUAUCUCCAGGGAUCCAGCGAUUUCCAAUCCAUCGUACUCUACCCCCGCUGCGGGAUUCCUGGUUCCCAGCCCCCUCCUAGGCGGGCAUCUGCUUCUCCUUUCCCUGGCCUCGUACCCUACCUCUCCUCUCCCUGGGAAUCUACUGGAUUCGGGCCCGCCUCCGGGGGUUGGGGUACUCCCCCUCCCCAGUAGGGUGAGGCGCUGUGGGCGGGGGCCCGGUCUGCCGGGUUUGGAGGCUCUAAGGCCCCUGCACCCCUAAGGACCCUGUCUGCCUCCCGCCUCCCCCACUCCGAGCCCCAGAUGGAGAAGCCACGGCCCCGGGGUUGAGGCAGGUAAGAGACUGGGGAGGGGCCCCAGAGGGUCUGCCGUAUGCCUGUCUCUGCAUCUCUCUCUCUAGCCAUCUUCAGUUCCUAUAUCUUUGUAUCUUCAUUUCUCCCUCUCUUUCUUGGUUUUGGUCACUUUGUCUCUGUCUCUUUGUCUCUCUCUCUCCAGUCCAUGAAUGAUCCUUUCAAUGGGCCCACAGACCCCGUGUGUUCCCAUCUCCCCCUCCUCCUCCCCCUUCCUGGCCAAUCCAUUUCUCCACUGCAGGGGAGGGGGCUGAGGCCUGAGCCCCUGCCCCCCAAUUCCUUUGGGUUUGGGGAUUCAGGCCUGAGCAGGUGAAAGAGGGAGGAAGGGAGGGAGAGAUUGGGAGAGAGAAGGGGGGGAUGGGGAAGAAAGAUUCGAAGAGAAAUGGAGACACAAGAUGGGAAGAGAGAGAUAGGGCAGAGAUGAGUGUAAGAAACAGAGGGAGAUGGGAGGGAGAGAUUGGCGGAAAGGAAGGGGAAAGAGAUGAGAAAGAGAUGAAGAAAGAAAUUGGGCAGGGGAGAGAGAUGAGGACAGACUAGGGGCCAAAAGGAAAUGCAGGGGGAAAUGCAUUGAGAUAUGGAGGGAAAGAGAAAAAUGAGAUGAAGAAAGAAGGGGAAGAGGGAUGAAGGAGAGGGAGAAAAGGAUGUAGGUAGAAAAGGGAUGAAAUCAGUGGAGAUCAGAAGUGUUGGAAGAUGGAGGGAAUGGGAGGGAGAGAUGUAAGAGAGAAAAAGAGACAAAAAUGGGGAUAUGGGAUGGGAAGGAGGCAGAGGUAGAAGAGCAGAGAGAUCGAGAGAGAAUGGGGAGCAAAGUAGCUGAAUGGUGGGAAUGGGAAGCAGUGAAACAAGACCCAAGUGAGUUGGGAUAUGAAAUGAUAGGAGAGGGCAGAGAAAGAAUAGAAGGGAGUAGGUGGGAAAGGAACUGGACUCAAGCAUUAUUGGGGAUUCCUGUAUCCUCAUCUCCAGAAUAAAUCGACACCUGCAGAGAGAGCUGGUCUGGCAGGCAUGCAAACAUUCCUGGCUCCAAAAAUGACCCAAAGAAAUCCCCUUGUCAGCAAACAGCUUUGGCAGUGAAGGGGAGGGAAGGAAAGAAUAUGUAAGAAUAACCCAGGCAUCUUAGUUCCCAGACCCUGGAUUUCUUUCCUUCACUAUAUCCUGCUUUUUUCAGGGGAUCCAGGUGCUUUACCAACAAUAUUAUGUGAUUAUUGGUUUCUUCUUAGCAAACUAGGAGAGGAAAUUUAAGGGAAACAGAUAGGCUGGUUGUCUGAGCCUCAUAAAGGAAAAAAAGCUGGAUCUGGGGUCAGAACCUGUGGGGGGUUCUGGCUUGAGGUGGAGGGACAGGUGAGGUAUGUAAGUGGCAACCCCAUUGCCAGUUAGGAACCUCUGUUUUUUGUUUUGUUUUGUUUUGUUUUUGGUAGUGACCUAGAAGAUUAGGGUAGACAGAAACUAAUAUUGUCAAGGGGCAGUUGCUGUGUUCAUCUUGAGCCCUCUACCCUCUACCCCCACCCCCACCACUCUAGCAUCAGUAGUUCCCCCUCCCUACCUAUUCACCAGAGUCUGCAGGCCUGGGUCACUAAUGCUAUACUAGGAUUGGCCAACAAGGGGGGCAAGAGGCGGGGUUUUCGGUCCUCUGACACCCCCAACUCCUCCCUACCCCAUAGACUCUUAGCUCUAAAGGUGGGAAGGACCCAGGAGUCUGGUGUUCCAGUCUUUGCCCCCCCCUUACUCCUUCAGUACCGGUUCCUAGUAGAGACUCCAGGAUCUCCGGUCCCAAAGCCCUUAGUGCCCCCCAUUUCCACCCCCUAGCCUCCUUCCAGGGUUAAAGCUGCAGCUGGUUGCCGCGGUAACAUUGCGGGGCAGCAUCUUGUUGUCCUGGUAACCAGCACCAGGAUCACACAUCUUUCCCCAGAAAUUGCCCCCUACCCCCAUGUAAAUCUUCCUCCCCAGUCAGAAGAUCCAGGCUUUUUGUUGUCCAGUCCCUAGCUCACUGGAAAUCCUGGAACUUUAGGGGAAAGAGAAGGAAAGGAGCUAUGUGAAAGAAGAUGGGUAACAGUUGGAGGGUUCUGAGGGAUGGAGAAGAGAAGAAACCUGGGGGCUUAGAAACCUAGGUCCCAGGCACUACCUCAGAGCAAGGGUGGGAGUGGGGAGUUUGCUGUGGUGGUUAAAUUAUAGCUCCAAAGUAAUUAACACAGAUAAACAAACCACCCCUUCCAGCUAAUUAAUGAAUUUUUAUUUUCUCCUCCAAGUCUAUUUCUCUCCUCCCCCAGACCAACACCCGGGGUGUGUAUGUAUGUGUGUGUGUGCAUGUGUGUACAUUCAUGUGCAUUUGUGUAAGUAAACCUGUACCCCUCAGUCCCUGAAAGGAGCUGGGGCUGGGAAAUAUGGAAGAAUUAUGUGGAGACCUAAAUCCUCAACCCCAAAGAGUUGUGCUGUGGGAAUUCAGGGACCUGGGUCUAUGCUGACCUGAGCUCCUUCCCAAGUGCCUUAACUACUUACCGACCAUAACCUGGCUCUUCUUAUCCCUUGCUCUGUUUCUGUUCUGGGGGUUGGUAGGGUUGUGGGGUUGGUGGGAGGGAUGGGUGUAAUGCAGAACCUGAGUUCUAACUAACCACUUGUCUCUUCUCUCUGUUUCUCCCCUUCUGUUUUGCUUCUGUCUUAAUCCUCCCUUCCUCUGUUUUCUGUUUCUUUUUUUUUUUGCUUCUAUCUCCCUCCCUCAUCCUGUCUUUCUUUUUCUGUAUCCCUCUGUCUCUCCAUCCCCAAGCCUGCUCUUUUAUCUCUUUCUAGGUCCUGCCGUCUUCCCCCACUUACCAUCUACCCCUCCCCAUUCCCUACCCUUUGCUCUCUCCAUGGAGCGCAACAGACCUCUCUUCUCCCCAGUCUAACUUCCCCUCCCUCCCUGCCCCCUUUCCUUUCCCCUUUUCCCCUUCCCUAUCCUUCUCCCUGGGGAGAGGGGGGGGGACCUCCCUCCCUCUCCCCCCCUCACUCUCUCUCUCUUCGAGGGGGGGGGAUCCCAGGGAGGGAGGGGGGUCCCCCCCAAUCAGCAUGUGGCUCUUGGUGCUGUGUCUGGUGGGGCUGGUGGGGGCUCAGAGGGGAGGAGGGGGACCAAUAGGAGGGGUCCCAGGGGGUCCUGGGGCUGGGGAGGAACGAUUCCCUGUGGUUGGCACCGCCUAUGGGCGUGUGCGGGGAGUUCGAAGAGAACUCAACAACGAGAUCUUGGGCCCAGUAAUGCAGUUCCUGGGGGUCCCCUACGCCACACCCCCUCUAGGGGCCCGACGCUUCCAGCCCCCUGAGGCACCAGCCUCGUGGCCUGGGGUGAGGAACGCUACCGCCCUCCCGCCUGCCUGCCCCCAGAACCUCCACGGCGCCCUCCCAGCCAUCAUGCUCCCGGUCUGGUUCACGGACAACCUGGAGGCUGCCGCUGGCUACGUGCAGAACCAGAGUGAGGACUGUCUGUACCUCAACCUCUACGUGCCCACUGAGGAUGGUCCGAUCACAAAAAAACGUGACGAGUCGACGCUCAAUCCGCCCCCGCCAGACACAGACAUCCGGGACUCGGGGAAGAAGCCGGUGAUGCUGUUCCUCCACGGGGGCUCCUACAUGGAGGGAACGGGGAACAUGUUUGACGGCUCCGUCCUGGCCGCUUAUGGCAACGUGAUUGUGGUCACGCUCAACUACCGGCUCGGUGUGCUCGGGUUCCUCAGCACAGGGGACCAGGCUGCCAAGGGUAACUAUGGACUCCUCGACCAGAUCCAAGCACUUCGCUGGCUCAGCGAAAAUGUGGGGCACUUUGGAGGUGACCCAGAGCGAAUUACCAUCUUUGGCUCUGGAGCUGGGGCCUCAUGUGUUAACCUGCUUAUUCUCUCUCAUCACUCCGAAGGACUGUUCCAGAAAGCCAUUGCCCAAAGUGGUACAGCCAUCUCCAGCUGGUCUGUAAACUACCAGCCACUCAAGUACACACAACUGUUGGCUGCCAAGGUGGGCUGUAACCAGGAAGAAAAUGCUGAGGUCGUGGAAUGUCUCCGAAGAAAACCCUCUCGAGAGCUCGUGGAUCAGGAUGUUCAGCCAGCUCGCUACCACAUUGCCUUUGGUCCAGUGGUUGAUGGAGAUGUGGUCCCAGAUGACCCAGAGAUCCUGAUGCAGCAGGGUGAAUUUCUCAACUAUGACAUGCUCAUUGGUGUCAACCAGGGGGAGGGCUUGAAGUUCGUGGAGGAUUCAGCAGAGAGUGAGGAUGGGGUAUCAGCUAGCGCCUUUGACUUCACUGUCUCCAACUUUGUGGAUAACCUCUAUGGCUACCCUGAAGGCAAGGAUGUCCUGAGAGAAACCAUCAAGUUCAUGUACACAGACUGGGCUGAUCGGGACAAUGGUGAAAUGAGGCGGAAGACACUCCUGGCUCUCUUCACUGACCACCAGUGGGUGGCCCCAGCAGUGGCUACUGCAAAGCUUCAUGCUGAUUACCAAUCGCCUGUCUACUUCUAUACUUUCUACCAUCAUUGCCAGGCAGAGGGCAGGCCUGAGUGGGCUGAUGCAGCUCACGGUGAUGAGCUGCCCUACGUGUUUGGGGUACCCAUGGUGGGUGCCACGGAUCUCUUUCCCUGCAACUUCUCCAAGAAUGAUGUCAUGCUCAGCGCUGUUGUCAUGACCUACUGGACCAACUUCGCCAAGACUGGUGAUCCCAACCAGCCAGUUCCCCAGGACACCAAGUUCAUCCACACCAAGCCCAACCGAUUUGAGGAGGUCGUGUGGAGCAAGUUCAACAGUAAGGAGAAGCAGUACCUGCACAUAGGCCUCAAACCCCGAGUCCGGGACAACUACCGUGCCAACAAGGUGGCCUUCUGGCUAGAGCUGGUGCCCCACCUCCACAAUCUGCACACUGAACUCAUCACAUCCACUACCACCCGCCUGCCACCCUACGCUACCCGAUGGCCCCCUCGUCCACCCCCUGGGGCCACUGGCACCCGCCGGCCCCCCCCACCAGCCACCACUCCGCCUGAGCUUGAACCAGACCCAGGACCCCGGGCCUAUGACCGCUUUCCAGGGGAUUCAAGGGACUACUCUACAGAGCUGAGUGUCACUGUGGCUGUUGGUGCCUCCCUCCUCUUCCUCAACAUCCUAGCCUUUGCUGCCCUGUACUACAAGCGGGACCGACGACAGGAGCUACGGUGCCGUCGGCUCAGCCCACCUGGGGGCACAGGCUCAGGAGGGCUUGGUGGGGGCCCCCUUCUCCCCACAGCUGGCCGGGAGCUACCUGAGGAGGAAUUGGUGUCACUGCAGCUCAAGCGAGGGGGAGGUGUAGGGGGUGACCCGGGAGAGACCCUCCGCCCAUCCUGUCCACCUGAUUAUACCCUUGCCCUUCGUCGGGCCCCGGACGACAUGCCUCUCCUUGCCCCUGGUGCCCUGACCCUGCUGCCAAGUGGUUUGGGUCCACCCCCGCCCCCUCCACCCCCUACCCUCCACCCUUUUGGACCCUUCCCUCUACCUCCCCCAACCACUGCCAGCCACAACAACACGCUACCCCAUCCCCAUUCUACUACCCGGGUAUAGGGGGUGGCAUUGGGGAGGGAGUGCACCCCACUUAGCUCUCCCCAAACCAAACAGGGAGACUCAUCAAUGAUCAUGGAGUCUAGGGGUUGGGGUAAGAAGAAUUGGGGGUGCUCAGAUGCCUACCCAAGCAUGUCAAGGCACCUAUUUAAGGUGGACACGUUUCCACAUCAAGAUGUGCGCACUCUGCCCAUGGAGAUAUGUUUUCUUAUUUGGACAUCAGUCUUUAGACUUGUUGUGGGAUGACUUUUCCUACUGGGACACAGGUCUUAUGGUGUGUGGAAGUGUGUUUUCACAUUUAAGGCCUGCUUUUUCACAUGGAGGUAUAUUUUCCUAUAAUGGGGCAUGUUUUCCCAUGUUCAGAGUAUGGAUUUUUUUGGGCCACUCUGAACACAUUUUGGCUCCCUCAAGGAAAUUCCUUACAGGGAUUGAACCCCAGAAUCCUGACCUCUUACUCUCUUAAAGGAGACCUUGGCAGUGGGCAUUUUUACACUUGUCAGUGUGAGGUUGGAAUGCCUGCUAACCUGAGGGGUUGACACACCCAGGAAAGAUGGAUGAGGUGAUCACAGGGACACCCAGUGAAUCGUAUUUUUCCUAAUGGCAUCUGUCUGAUGAAGCAUGUUCUCCUGUAUAGGCAUGAGUCUUCCACCACAGAUAGUCACAGACUUACCAUUGGGUGGGAGGGAGAGGAGUGGAUCUAAGUGGACCCAUGCUGCUUGUGAGUGUCAGACAUGCAGUUUUCCAUAUGGACAUGUCAUAUGGGGAAAGUACGUUUCCUGUGUGGACAUGUUACUGCAUGUGGAUGUGUGUUUUUCCAUCUGGAUGCCCCUGUCUGCCCAGGACUCCCCUAAUCCUGAAUCCCCAUCUCCAGUACACUGGCUCCAGUCUCAAAUUCCUUUCAGGACAUUGGAUAAGAAGAAAUUGAAGGCCAAGAGAAGUCAUGGGGAGUUAGCUGCAGACAACAUAAUAAAGUUGCCCUUUAUUUUGUACAAGUUCUAGGGGGUGGGGAGGAGACACACACAAACCCCUUCCCACCCAUAGAGAUGUUAAAAGUCAGCAGGGGGCUGAGGUGGAAUGUGGGGACCAAGGUGACAAUGCAUGUUUGACCAAAGUCCCAGACCAGGGUCUAGGGGGGCAGUCCUCCCUUUACCCCUCAUACCAGCAUUCAUCUGUGCCAAACUAAGGGUUUGAAGUGUGUCAGACCCUACCCCCAAGUGCUCUUUCCCAGGGAAGGGGGAGGGAGGGGGGUCUGUAGGCCAGUGAGAUAUAUGGGAAGGGUAAACAAAGCUAAAAGGUCCUAACUUUGUGCCCCUGCCCAUCUCUCUGCCUCAGUUCCUCUUCUCUGAAUCUUCUCUCUCUCUCUCUCUCUCUCUCUCUCUCUCUCUCUCUCUCUCUCUCUCUCUCUCUCUCUCUCUCUCUCUCUCUCUCUCUCUCUCUCCCACUCCCUCUCCCUUACCCUCACCCUCACCCUCUUCCCUCUCUCCUUUCUCAGCUCUUUUUAUGGUUUUAAUUUUUCCUCUUUUUUAUUUCUUCUGCUUUUCCAUCUUUCUUUGUCCAUCUUUCUCCCUUGCCUAAGAUAACUAGACUUUUUUGCUUUCCCAUCCUCUCCUUCAGAUCCUUUGAGCCCUUGGUUGGGUUGGGUGGGGAGAGAGAAGUCAAGUUUGGGGUGGGGGUGGAGGUGUUAGACCUUAUCAGCAGGGAACAGAGGCCUAGUAGAGUAUGGGGCUUAUGUGGGAGGUGAUACUAGGGUAAGAAUAGGGAAACCCAUUCCAGGGUUGCCAUGAUUGUCUGAGGGAGGCAUUGCCAGUAAGAAUUUUAAAGUGAUAAGGUAAAAUAGGGUUUCUCUUCUGAAAAACCCUAAAAAAGGAUAUGGGUAAUAAUUGUAAAGGAAGAUGACCAAAAUGGGUAAGGUAUUGGAGGGAACAAGGAAAAGGAAUCAAAAUUUGCUCCGAUUUCUUGGGGCCAUUUGGUGCCAAACUAGUGGGGGGCAGUAAGGAACCUAUGUCCUUCUACUGAUACCCCAAAUAUAGACUUAUCCUGUCUCCCCAACUUUUGACCUAGAACUUGCCUCCCUCUUUAUAGGCCUUCACCAUCCCCACCUCCUGGUCCCCAACCUAAUCCCUCAUUUUCUCUGGACAGUCAUAUACCAGAUUCUAGGGACCUGGAUCCUGAAACCCAGUAGAUAUGCCUCCAGCAUUGGGGCACAAGAGAGGGGCUGGAAUGGACAUGGGGUAUCCCAUGAUUCAGCCAUGGACACCAUCACCUAGCCCCCAAUUUUCCACUAAGUCUCCAUCUCUCUCCUGCCACCCUUACCCACAAACCACCUAUCCUAGCAGCUCUGUACACAUUUUUAAACCUGGCAAAAGAUGAUGAAGAGAUAUUGUAAAUAUAAAAGUUUAACUGUUAGUCAUGCCUGCUAUGGGGAAUUGGUGCACAUAUGGAUCUCUGAGGGAGACUUUUGGGGAGUGGGACCGAGUUUCCUAUUUAGAGAAAUGCACAACAGAGGAGGGUAAGAAACACCCUGGGCCUGAAGGAUAUAGAUAUGCAAGCUUCACCUCCAAAAAAACUCCCACAAAAACAGUCAGAAAACCUAGUUUUGCAAAAUGGCAGGUAGCAGAAGGAAAUUUUGAAACUAAAGGGAACUUUUCCUGAGAUACUCAACAAGUUUAGUGGUCCAGCUUUUUCCUUACAGGCCUCCAGUGAGAGGUAACUGACCAUUUCCUCUAGCAGCUCAAUCCCAUUGUUUUCUUCACAACAAUCCCAAAUUUUCCUGUAAUUUCCACCCUCCCUCCCCCCUUUAGAGCCAAGAAAAAUAAAAAUUCCUAUUACUUGAAAGCUAUGAAGUAGCUAGCUUGUCCCCUCCCCCCCAGUCUUAUCUCCAGGCCAAAUUGUCCCUCAGUCCCUUCAAAUAAUAUAAAUAUUAUCCUUCAGCUGUCCUCCUCUGGACCCAAUCCAGCUGAUCAUUGUUCUUGGAAAGCACAGAAUCUUUACAUUGGAAGGGACCUUAGAAAUCAUCUAACCUGUAUCUGAGUAAGUAGGAAUUGUUUAAUAUCUCACUAAUUACUGAUUAUAGAAUUUUCUUUUCUAUCCUUAUAUGGUGAGGGAAAGGGGAGCUAAGAUGGAUAGGAUAAUACCAGUCAGUGCAAACCUGAUGUUGUGAAGGGUCAGCAAGGGAAGUUAUCAAUUCAAUCUAGGAAGCAAGACCCCAUCUCCCCAAAGUGAAGACAGUCAGAUGAGACUAUUGUUGUUGUUCGGAUAUCUCAGUCUUGUCUGCUUGUGAUGGAAUUUUCUUGGUGAAGAUCACUGGAGAAUUUUGCCAUUUCCUUCUCUAGCUCAUUUUACAGAUGAGGAAAAAGAAGCAAACGUGGUUAAAUGACUAGGGUUAUAAACUAGUAAGUGUCUGAGGUUAGAUUUGUAUUCAGGAAGAUGAGUUCCUGACUCCAGGCCCUGCUCUCUAUCCAUUGCACCACCUAGCUACCCUUUAGCUGCACCCAGAUGACUGCAAGCCAUCAAGUAAAAACUAAGAAGGCAAAGGAAAAGAGAUUGGAGCUCAGUGAAGUUAAUCAAAAGGGGGAUUUUGAAAGUGUGAAUCAGGUCAUGGGGUGGAGAUGAAAGCUAGUCUACUUGAAGGCUUGAAAAAGAGGGAGAAUGUGAGGCAAAAAUGGUUCAUGUCUAGGGAACCUUAGCCUAGCUGGGGCUAUACAGAAGCCUAGUGGUAGGGAAGUCAUUGAUACCUUGGCAGCCUGGUUAUUGUGAUGCUUUCAUUCCAUUGUGACUCACCUCUUCCCCAUAACCGUAGACUUCCAGAAUAAGUUCAUAGCAGGGUGGGGGGCUGGGGGGCCCCAGGUGGCCCUGGGACCCCCCCCAUCAUGAGACAUUCAAAGCAAGUGACCAAUCCCUGUCCAAGUCCUGGCUUUGAAUGCUGCCAGGACCUGGGCGAAUAUAUCUUGAUCUCUCUGGGACUCAUCAUCUCUGUCAACAUUGGGAUCAAUGUAGCAUUUCUGCUCUGGAGUCGCUUUGGGUGCUAUCUGAAACUUAAAAAAUGUUUUCAGAAAGAUAACAAGCGCAAGGCAGUCCCAUACAUUGCCCGGAAAGUAUGCAUCUACAGGCCUCCAGUACCAAAGCAGACAGAGAGAUGUCCUGUCUGUCAGCAGUGUUCUGUCUGUCAGAACCCUCCUGUCUGUCAGAACCCUCUUGUCUGUCAGAACCCUCUUGUCUGUCAGAACCCUCUUGUCUGUCAGAACCCUCCUGUCUGUCAGAAUCCUAUUGUCUGUCAGAACCCUGCUGCUUGUGGCCAAUCCACUAAGAAUCCUGUGACUUCUGACCAGAUCCCCCCAGGAUCCUGCCACCGACACUCACUUUACUCACCAGAACCUAAACAACAUCCAAAUGGCAGUUUUUCCGACAGAGAUGACAGGAAUUUCCAGUGCAAGUCCCCUUGCAAUUAUCAAUAUGAGAGGGACUCUCCAAAGUCUUGGAAAUACCGGGAAGGGACAUUAGCUUGUCCCCCAUUGCCUGAUGACAAUUUCCAACGAUACCCAAGAAAACCUUCCAAGGUGGCGGAAACAAAGUCCAAGAUGGAAACGGAAACUUAUGUGUAUGAUGUCAACCCUAUACCAUCUGAUGCUGAGUCCCAGAACUUCAAAGAGAAUGCAGAACUAUGCAUGCAUGAAUAUUCCCCCCAGCUCUUCCAUAGAGUCAUGCUCACCCCUCUAAGCUAUAAACCUAUGCCUAUGCCCUCCACAAGCCCGGUGAUGUACAGUGUCUGGGAAGAGGAGGAGGUAUGGGAAACAAAGAGAAGUACUGAGGGUCAGACCAAGACAUACCCUCCAGACUGUCCUGAGAAGGCAAGCCAGGACUGGGUGUACUACUCCCUGGAGGAGGGGUAGUAGAGAAUAAUAAAAUGGAAAAAUAAGAAA